AAGAAUUCAUUAAGGGAGUCGGAGGCCCAAAAGAGAGAAUAAAUAGUAGAUAGGACGAAAAGUAUACAGAAUGCUGAACUCUGAAGACGAUCGAAGCAGAGGCAAGGAAACACAGUCGCAGCCGAGCUAGGAGAAGACACAACCAGAAGGCUGAACUCUGGAGACGAUCGACGCAGAGGCAAGGAAACACAGACACGGCAGAGCUAGGAGAAGAUACAACAAAGCUGGAAAAUCGCACAGCAGAACACUAACAUCUUAUGAAAUCUUCGAGAUAUAUUGUCACAGAUUUAUAUACCAGAAAGGAAGAGGAUGCUGAUAGGUAUCUAGCUCAUAAAAUUAUGCAGAACAAGCAGUGCAAUUUAUUUGGUCGAGCAGUUGAUGAAUAUGAUUUUGAAGAUGGCCCAAAGAAAAAGUCCCGGAAGAAAGGGAGAGAUGACGAUCACAAAGUUUAUGGGAAGAACAUUUUUGCAAAGCGCAUCUUGACUCAGCAAGAACGCUGUAUCUUUUGCUUUGAGAACCCGAAUCGACCAAAACAUCUUGUUGUAUCCAUAGCAAAUUUCUCUUAUUUGAUAUUGCCGAAAUACCAACCCCUUGUGCCAGGACAUUGCUGCAUCUUAACAUUGCAGCAUGAGUCAGCCACGAGGACUGUUGAUGAUAACAUAUGUGAAAUUCGCAACUUCAAGAAAUGCCUCAUAAAGAUGUUCGCAAAGCAAGAAAAGGAUUUGGUGUUCAUUGAAACAGUGAUGGGAUUGGCUCAGCAACGUUGUCAUUGUAUGAUUGAGUGCAUUCCAUUGCCUAGAGAAAUUGCAAAACAGGCCCCACUUCAUUUUAAAAAGGCAAUUGAUGAAGCUGAAGAUGAGUGGAGCCAGCAUGAUGCAAAGAAGCUCAUUGAUACAAGUGUGAAGGGUUUGCGUGGUUCAAUCCCCAAAAAUUUUCCAUACUUCCACGUGGAAUUUGGUUUCAAAAGCAGCUUUGGCCUUAACAUUGUAAGAGGCAUGCUACGAUUGCCAGUGGAAGACAUGUACCGUCGACACGAGACAAUUGAGGCUCAAAAGCAAGCUGUUGCAAAAUUUGCUCAAGAAUGGGAGCCUUUCGAUUGGACGAAACAACUCGACUAAGUGAUCUGGGGCUAUUGUACAUUCAAAUUUCUAAAGGUGGGAUCAAUUGAGAGCAGAGAUCAGUGGGUUGGUCCGGAAAGAAUUAGUGAGGAAGUUGAAGGAGUUGGCAUCAACCAUGCAUCAUACAUACAGGAGCACAUAUGUGGUAUGAUUGAUAUGGGUUGAGUCUGUAUACUUGGGAGGUUACCAUAUUUUAAGCCCGAAUCAUGUCUAAUUGUAGAGCAUAAUCUGUUGUCUUUGUUAUGUUUAUUACAGAACAAGAUUCUCAUUCUCCUAUGUGGAAUCAGGGCAUGAGCUAGGGACUUGAGCUUGUAUUUGCUUUCAUCAUUUUCCCCCCUCCUUAGAAGUCUAUUAUCUUGAAAUAAAGAUCUCAGUAUCCAAUUCCUCAA